UCAUCGAGGAUACUAAGCAAAUCUAGUCUUUUUCAGGCUUUGGCAAGUAGGCCUAAUAAAAUAAUUUGAAGCAUAUAUUUUAAACCACGGUUGUUCGGUCCCAUGGAUUGACAUUCACAAGCUGACUAAUAUAUACUAGGAGAGUUGUCCCGCGAGGAAAGAAGGGAUAGGCCGCUAAACAGAACGAACAAUAUCUCUUUCCUCUGUUCAUUUGUUUGAUGGAGAAGAAUACCCAGGAAGCCACGCCGCCGACGACUACAGCCGGCAAGAUCAUAAGAUGCAAAGCCGCGAUAUGUAGAAACCCUGGAGAGGCCCUGGUGGUGGAGGAGAUCGAGGUGGAGCCGCCGAAAGCAUGGGAAGUCCGCCUCAAGAUCCUCUGCACCUCCCUCUGCCACAGUGACGUCACCUUCUGGAAGAUGAAACCCGGAGCAGUGUCGGCGUUCCCGAGAAUUCUGGGUCACGAGGCGGUGGGAGUGGUGGAGAGCGUCGGGGAGAAAGUGGAAGGAUGGAGGGAAGGGGAGAGAGCGCUGCCGGUGUUCGCGCCGGACUGCGAGGACUGCCGGGACUGCAGAUCGGCGAAGAGCAACAUGUGCGCCUCCUUCGGCCGCCGGGGUAUGGUUGGGUUUGGGAUGCUCCGAGAUGGGACCAGCCGCUUCCGGGACGGUUCGACCGGCGAGGUUUUGCACCAUUUCCUCGGAGUUUCCAGCUUCUCCGAGUACACGGUGGUGGACGUCGUUAAUUUGGUUAAGAUCGGAGUCGAUAUCCCCGUCGACAAGGCCUGCUUGCUCAGCUGCGGCGUCUCCACAGGGGUGGGGGCAGCAUGGAAGGCGGCAGAGGUGGAAGAAGGAUCCACCGUCGCCAUUUUCGGACUCGGCGCCGUUGGGCUCGCAGUCGCAGAGGGAGCAAGAAUGCGAGGCGCAUCCAAAAUCAUCGGCGUCGACUUGAAUGCUGAUAAGUUUGAGCUAGGGAAGCAGUUUGGGCUCACUGAUUUCAUCAAUCCUACGACAAUUGGUGAUAAGCGUGUGAGCGAGGUCAUCAAGGAGAUGACAGAUGGAGGAGCAGACUAUUGCUUCGAAUGCAUUGGGUUGGCUUCUUUGAUGGCUGAGGCUUUCUCUAGCAGCAGAGAGGGAUGGGGAAAGACGGUGAUAGUGGGGAUCGAAAUGCACGGCGCACCUUUAGUGGUGAGCCCUUACGAGAUAAUACGAGGGCGGAGCAUUUGUGGCACCUAUUUUGGAGGCCUCAAACCCAAAACUCACAUCUCACUCCUUGCCAAAAAAUACUUGGACAAGGAGCUCAACUUGGACCCCUUCAUCACACAUGAAGUUGGAUUGAAAGACAUCAACAGGGCUUUUGAGUUGCUGGCGGAAGGACAGAGCCUGAGAUGCCUUAUAUGGAUGGAUGGAUGCAAAUAACUAGCUAACUGAGCCUGCACUCACCCACCGGAUCAUUAUAUGAGGAUAAAAGCCUCGGAGACUGUUGAAUAAAAGGGUUUUCAUAAACGAUCAUCUAGGAUAUAUAAUGAUACAAUAAAAAUUCACACAUAUAUACAAUUAUUUGAAUCGUAUGUGCUUGUUGCUCAAAUCCUGAUGGAGGAGGAGAGUCGUAGCAUUACUAAAUGCUUUAGUUUUAUUCCAUGUUUGAGGGAGACCAUUCUAAUUAGAGCUAAUACCACUACACCA